CAGUUUGUGGUCAAGCCUUCUCUCUGAGUCAAAAUUUGAAGCGUCAUAUGAAACGACGACACAUAAGAUAUGGAUAUUCGCCCAUAUAAAUGCUCAUUCUGCAAUAGAGAUUUAGAUAUUUCACCUUUGGAAAGAGAUAUUUCGACAAUUACUAUGUUUUCUGUGACAUCCCAAGUAGCAGAAACUGUGCAUGCCUGCCCACAUUGUAACUAUCACACUCCUUGUAUUAGCAACUAUAAGAGGCACAUGCGAACACAUACAGGAGAGAGGCCUUUCAGUUGUUUUGUUUGCAAGAAGACAUUUACUCAAAAACAUGUCCUUAAAACUCAUUUGUUGAUACAUUCGAACUCCAAACCUUUCAAAUGUGAGACAUGUAGUCGAAAUUUCCGCAGCAUGGCAAAUUUGAAGAAACACAGAGACAGUCAGCAUAGGAAGAAAAAUGUUUUAAUUUUUUAA